GAGGUUAAAAACCUCUGGUCUGGUAAGGCGUGCUGGACGCGCUCGGCACCACGUUGCGCACCACUCCAGAGGCAUGGCGGCGAACACGGCAUAUCCAGACAAGGACGUCAAGGAGGCGUUAAGCCUCUUGAAGUCGCUGAAGGAGCAGGUGACCAGUGUUACAUCGCACAUUCAAGGGCUUCGGAAUAAAUGCACGAGUGAAGAUUUUGACAUGUCCAAGGGGCUGAGUUUAUUGGACGUUAAGAACCAGAUGCUGCUCACCUACCUGAUGGACCUGACUUUUGUGAUGCUUAAAAAAGUGGAAGGACAGACGUUGGUAAAUGAGCCGGCGAUCUUCCGCUUGGUGGAAGUAAGAACUGUGCUGGAGAAGAUGCGUCCUGUAGAACAGAAGCUACGCUACCAGAUUGACAAGCUGGUGAAGACCACACUCACUGGCAGCAUGGGAGAGAAUAACCCACUGAGGUUCAAGCCUAACCCUGACAACAUGGUUAGCAAGCUGGGUGAUGAGAAUGAUGAAGACGGUGAAGAAGACGAUAAGACAACGAAGGAAGAUGAGAAGAAACAAAAUAGAUAUGUCCCUCCGCACAUUGCAGCAAUGCCCUACAACCAGGAUGACACGGAGGCGGACCGGCAGCGGAAGCGCUUGGUGGACGCGCGGCGGCGUGCGCUGAGCAGCUCUGUGAUUCGUGAGCUGCACGAGGAGUACUCGGAGGCGCCUGAGGAGAUCCGCGACGGAUACAACAUGCACCGCAUGCGCCACAGCCGUGAGGACCAGCACAGAAAGGAGUAUGAGGAGGCGAUGAUGGUGCGUCUCAACGUGCCCAAAAAGGAGCAGCAGAAGAGGAAGCGCGCCUUGGCCAUGACGUCGCAGCUGGACUCGCUCACACACUUUGGCGACAUCAGUGCGCUGACCAGAGAUCAAACGCUGGGAGAGGACGAAGAUGAGAGGCCUCACAAGAAAAAGAAGAAAGUACUUAAAAAGAAGGGAAAGAAAGGUUUCCGGCGGAGGCACUGAAGGGGAAGUUAUUUGGAAAUUUCCAUUUUCACGUCCAGAAAUAUUAACGUGUUGACGCAAACAGUCCACCACCAGCUGCAUUAUUAUGAUCAAGGCUUCACCCCCCCUGUUUCCUAUGCAUACGUACAUUGUCAGUAGACCCCUCAUACGCAAGCGUACGCAUUUGAGUUAACCCCCCUUCCACGCGUACGUACUAAAUGGAUGGCCCCUUACCUUGUUUUUAGACUGAUUUGAUUUGUGACGCAACGUUUUUUUUAGGUGACUGCUACCCAUUGUUAGAUGCCAUUCUUUUAAAAAGUAGUUUUCCUUCAACCUAACAUAUGAAAUUAAAUAAUUUAUUUGCUUAUGUUUGUCAAGACACUAACGAAAGUAAAAAAAAAUUCGUUUGUCUGGAAUUGUGUUUUAUGUACAAGAAAAAGUAAAAAUGUUUAAGAAUAAACCAAUAUGAAAAUAACUUUCUUUGAGAGCCAUGGUUUUUUGGAUAAUACAAUAAACCCUCUAUUUGCGAGGUGUUACAUUCUUUAAAACGAUGACUGCAAUAAAUAAUACUUAAAGAACAA